CUUCAAACUUCGGUGUUUUCAAAACAUUCACUGUGGCUUCUCACAAAAAUUCAGUAUAGUAUGGUUUAACGGUCUAAGAGAACUUGCUAUACAUUCUGCCCGAUUUAUCAAUUGGUAAGAGUGUUGUGAAAAAUAUUGAAUAACAUCCAAAACGUUUGUCAUUACAGUUACAUCAUCGGUUUCAAAACAUGCGCCCACAACAAUACCUUCGUCUUUCAUACCAAAAUCGUUAUCGAUCAAAGCACGAAUCAGUGCUUUAUUGAACAAACAAGGCUAUGAGGGCAUUAGUUCCUUAUCUCGUGGAUCCAGAACACAAUCUCCACAAACUCCAAUGUUGACAGUCGAUGAAGAAAUGGUCCUUUAUCAGAAAAUGCAACAUGCGGAUAGAGAUAUUGAAAGUGACGUAUUUUGGCUCAAAUACCAACGAGAUCUACCAAAACUAUCAAUGGUGUAUCGAAAGUAUUCAUCGAUACCGGCCACAAGUGUUCCAAGUGAAUGUGCAUUCAGUGUCGCAAGUUAUCUAUUAAGAAAACAACGAUGUUCACUUGCACCAAAACAAACGAAGUAUUGCAUGUUUUUGAAAGACAAACUGUAA